AUGUCAUUCUCACCCUCACUGCUCGGCCACCCAGGAAAUAUUACUUUAGCUUCACUUGGUGGUGAUGUCGACUCUUCUGUUGCUUCCCCUAUAGAUUCAAGCACCGAUGUUACCCCUGACAUACCCCUGUUUACAUCGACUUGCCAGGUUAAUGCUAUUGCCCAGCAAACUGCCACUGGACUGCAGAGCGUCCAGGUUGUGCUUAAGCCAAUGGUUGGCCGUGGAUUCACUUUUUCCGAUAACCAUUGGACCAGCUACCGUCGCAAUUACUUCCAAAUCAGUGCUACCUAUGCCAUAAUAAAUGCACAGGCUAGUUUUGGUGGUCUUGAUGUUGAUAGCUGCGAUGGAGAAGCUAUCUCCAACACUGUUGGUCUUGUUGCCUUGACUGACCAUGGGCUUGUACCCAUCCAGCAUUUUUCUAUUGGCAUUGCUGCUCGUUGCAUGGAUGAAACUGACAAUGUACCGGUGGAUCUGAUCCAGCGUACUGCCAAGCGAGAACGCGGCCCAAAGAUUAUCCCUACCCACAUUCCUUGUGCACCUCUACCUGAUCUGCAGACUGCACCACAGGAUGCUCCCUCUGGUACCGUGGUGGUCUAUGAACGCCUUCAGUUCCGUAGCACCACGACUUUUGCAAACAGGCGCCGUAUCGGAAAGCAGUAUCAUACAAUUUCUGUGCAGCUGUGGGCUACACUUUUUGAUGGGUCAGAGAUUCUUGUUGCCAGUAUCGAAACUGCACCACUUGUUGUUCGUAGCAAGUCUCCUCGCCACUAUGCCGAAAAACUCGACAUGUCUUUGAUGGACGAUAGUGGUAUGUCUAGUGGAUUUGAAAGCAACUCGCCAAGCAUACACUCUCCCACACCACGACUCCGCAAGGUGGGUGAUGGUGGCUGGCGGGGAUCGUUGAUGGCCAAAACAUUGCCAAUGCAACAGAUGCAGCAGCAAAUCAAACAGCAUCUGCAGUAUCAACCUCACCAGCAACCCCCGUCGCGCCAGUUGAAUCUUUUGCAGUAUGGCGAUGAGUCGACUUUGGGUAUGAUUUCGCCUGCCAUGUCUGAGAGUCAUCCUCAGUUGUCGUUUUUAAACUUUCCACUCAACAACAUGUCAGCCAAUGGCUUUAGUGAGGGGUAUAGUUCGCCAUCCCAAUCUUCUGGAAGUAUGUCUCAAUACGAUUCUCCGUCGCCUAGUCCACUUUUACAUCAAGCCUUGAACCGUGUAGCUAGUCCAAGUCCUAGUAUGAAUGGUCGAUCACCCUCACCCAACCCAUAUGCCAUGUUUUUGCUCUCUCAAUCUAUUCAGCCCAACGAACUCUUUUCCAAUUCGCUUUUACCCACACAACGACUUCAAUCGACGCAGCUCAAUUCGACUCAGCUCAAUUCAGCUCAGCUCAACUCGGCCCAGCUCAAUUCAACCCAAUCGCUUUCCAUGCCCAGUUUUGAUCUGUUGGGCAUGGGUAAUCUUCAAAUGGACAUUGGUAAUGAUUUAAGCAACAAACUUCAAUCCAUAUCAACACCUUCUAUAGAUGCGUUUGGAUACGAUGAAUCAAUGAAACCCCUUGCGUAUGAUUUUGGCGAGGCUUUGGCUUUGUGA